AUGCCAUAUUUGCUGGUAACUACGCACACUCCCAUCGAAGCUGGACCAACAUAUGUUGGGGAUUACGACAGUGAUGUUGAUCUCAUAGAACUGUUGCAAGCCGAACCAUCGCAUCCGUUUGGUGUUGUGGGGUAUUCCGUCUAUUGCUCCAGUUUUGCACCUCAGAUAGUUCUGAAUAUAUUAGAAAAAGAUGGCUGGAAGAUUGUUGGCACAGCGGGUACAAGUCAAGCAUGCAUUUGGACUUUGCACAGAUAA